GUGCAUGCUUGGUCUCUGAAAAAAAAAAAGUAACACUAAAAAUCUAUGCAACCAAAAAAGUAAUACUAAAAAUCUAUGAAUCCACUCCACAACAAGCCAUUUUAGCUAGUGCAUAAUUGAAAUAAAAACUCUACUUUUCGGAUCAUUUUGAAAAAGAAAUUAUUUAUUCAAAAGAAAUACAAACCCAACUCUCUUCUCUUCCAUCACCUCCGGAUCCACCUUUAAAUACACCUCCCCCCCUCUUCGUUUAGAACUCGCACCCAACAACUCUUUCUAAUUCUCUCUCUCUCUCUCUCUCUCUCUCUCUCAAUUGAGAAAAUAAAAUUAAAGCCUAAAAUAUGGAACAAAAUAAUCUACCAAUUGCCAAGAGAAUAUGGAGUAUAGUACGUGUAGCUUUCUUCAUGAUAAGAAAGGGCAUUUCAAAGCGAAAGCUCCUACUGGACUUCAACAUGAUGAUGAAGCGUGGCAAGCUCGCCAGCAAAACCUUAAGCAAUCUCAUGUUCCACAAGCACCACCACAGCCACAGCCACCCCUACUACAGCGGGGCCACCUCCUCUGCCGCCCAACGAGAGUACGAGUUCAGCUGCAGCAACACCCCCAACUACCCUUUUCACCUCAUGGGCAAGCGCUGCCACGACAACAACCACCACAACCUCUUCAAGUGUACUCACGCGCUGCAGACUCAGGAUGAUGAGAUGGCGAUCGCAGGUGCCGUCACGGCGGUUUUGGAGAUGUUGAACAAUGAAGCAGUGACUGUGGAGGCGGCGGCAUACGUGGCAACAUCACCGGUGCUUCCCGGGUUUGGGAAGAGCCCUAUGGUCCACCAGCCGAGGAUAACGGACUCACCGUUUCCGGUGAGGGAGGCUGAUGAGGAAAGCCACGUAGACAAAGCGGCGGAGGAGUUUAUAGAGAAGUUCUAUAAGAAUUUGUGGCAACAGAGGAGAAUGCAUGACGAAUGAGUUUGGCAUCAUGCUUAUAUAACAUACUUUGAAGAUUAAUGUGAUGUGCACUUGAUGUUCAAUUUGGCAAGUUAUGAUCGUUUUAGUACGUCUUAUUGUCGUUGAGUUUUGAUAAACAAUAAAAGAGAACUAUCUUUUUAGUACAUUAUUGUUGUUGAGAGUUGAUAAACAAUAAAAGAGAACUAGCUUAAUUA